UUGCUUUGUGUAGUUCGAGAGUGAGGGAUGCUGUGAGCGUGGAUAAACAAAUCCGUGCGCCGUAGAUAGCGUGUCUAGAUGAGCGGCGUUAUCUGCUAAGAAUGGACUCAAUAAACACUUAACAGAUUAUGCUUUCGGUGGAAAUUCGUGAAUUGUAUUAUAUUUAUUUCGUAUCAUGGACGAGUUUCUCAAUAAAAAUUUACUUGUAAACAUUUGAACAUAAACAAACAUAAGAUCAAUGGUGUAAAGUGCUCUGGCGCAAUCAACAAGGGAACAUUCUUGAACUAUUUGCCGCAGAAAUGGCGUAAUUGAUUUUUUUUUCUAUUUUACGACCGCGUUUUUAAUUCAGUGUGUGCUUGAAGAUACCACAACGAUUUUGGACCGCACAGGUGCCUGCUUCCAGUGUAGCGAGCGAUGAGGUUGUAACAGCCUGGUGUUAAAAGUGUGUCAAGGAGCAGCCGAUGUCGCAUCACCUGGAUCUCGAGCAUCACCAUCACCACCACCACAACCACCACCACCACCAAGGUGGCGACGAGACCACCCCCUCGCCGGCAUCGCCAGAGGGCGACCACGGCGCAAGCCACCAUGGGGAAGGCCACCAGGGGCACCACGGGGACUCGAUGCACUCGAUGGUGAUGCACGGGGGCUACAGCGAGACGGUGCUCUUCUCGUGGUGGGUCAUCGACUCGCCGACCAGCUUGGUGGCGUCUGUGCUGGGCACGGCGCUGCUGGCAGCCGUGUUCGAGGGCCUCAAGUACUACCGCGAAUAUCUCUUCUGGCAGAGCGUGACGGCAGCCUCGGGCCCGGAGCGCGGGGCACUGCCGCUCCUACCCGUAGAUGGCGCCGCCGACGCUGAUGCGCUACCCAGGAGUCGGUCCACCGUGUCGGUGCGCAGGGCCAGCGGCAUGCUCGAUCGGCUGCACCUCAUCCAGACCGUGCUGCAGGCUCUCCAGCUGCUGCUCUCCUACGCACUCAUGCUCAUCUUCAUGACCAUGAACGUCUGGCUCUGCUUCGCGAUCCUGGUCGGCGACUGCCUCGGCUUCUUCCUCUUCGCCUGGAAGAGACCCACUGUCAUAGAGACCAUGGACACGUGCCACUAGGCUUGCUACAACACAAACAGCCGGUUCCGGGAUUCUCGUCUACUGAACUCCAGUGCAGUGUCUCCCUUGAAGACGAAACUCCCAUUUUGUUGACCCUGCAAUCAGCUGUGUGUCGAAUGGAAAAGAACUGCUAGACACUUGUCACUAGGGUACAGGCCUCCCAGUCCAUUUGCAAUUAGCUUAAUACCACAGUCAGUUCUGUGAUUCUUACAUAGUUUCUUUUUUCUGAAGAUGAAACUCCUCUAAUCUGGAUGCUGCUACCAGAUCUGCUUCGAAUGGAAGAGAACCGUUAUCUUCGAGCCCAUGAAUAUUUGGCCUUUGGCCAUGUGCUCCCCAGUGCGUCUACAAGAGCCCACGUACCACCAAGUCUACAAUUUCUCGCCUGAAGACGAAACUCCAAUUUUUCUUGUAGGACAUGCAAUUACGCAUCGAAUAAAAGAUACCUGCCAGUAGCCUACAAGCAACCCAUUGCACGUGGAGAAGGCUUGCUGUCUCGCGACUGUGUUCUCGGCUUCUCAUGAACAGAAACCUUGAAGAAAAACUAUUUAUUGAACUUGCACACAGCGUUAUUUCGAAUGGGAGACACCUACUGUGAUAUAGACCACGGACACUUACCACGAGUUUGCAGCUAGCCUGGUGGACAUACAAGAAGUUUACUAUCACGCAGAUGUUACUUUCUGGGCACCUCACUUGAAAAACGCCUAUGUAUUUUCUCACCUGAAGACGAUGCUCCAGUUCUGAUAUUACUGCACCCAACUUUAUUUUAAGGAGAACUACAGUCUUCGUGAAGAUGUACAUUUGGCUCUAAGUUAGAGAUGCCCAAUGCUCCUACGAGAAUCUUGUCCUGAAAAUUAAACUCCUGUUUUUCUUGUGCUGCUCCAGUUUUAUAGUGAAUGGAAGACACCUAUUUUCAUAGAGGCAAUGGACACAUACCCAGUGUGCCUGCAAGUGGCUUGCUAUCAUACACAGUUGAUUCUGGGUGUCUCACGUAGAGAUUACCUGUGCAGCUACUCGCUCGAAGAUGCAACUCUUGUUUUCCUUGUGCUACACUGAACUUUUUAGGAAUCGAUAACCUGUAUAUAAUUAUGCUCUCAGCGCUGAAGAACGUCGGUGGUUGCGAAGACCUUUCGCCCUCCACCGAAAUCAGGUCAGCGUCGCCGUUGCGAUAUUGUGUUGUACAUGUUAAAGACUGUAUAAUUGCUUGCUAAGUUUUUUCUAUGAAUUUAUACAAUUAAUGCAAAUUACAAUUCAUUUUUGUGUGUAAAUCUUCUUGGUGUGAGUAAACCCAAUUCAUUUACUCUCCCGUCAUCUGAGGCGCGAGACUAUGUAUAGCGACAUCUCUUUGCCAGACAACUUGGCUGGAUAUCUCGCUAUACAGAGUCCAGUACGUUCUUACAGUAGUGUGCUGCAUCACUGCUGUUGUAGAGUCAAGUGCUGCCAUGACUGUAAUUGUGACGUCCGGACAAUGCCUUUGAUGAGUGCAUCAACUCAAACCCAAAUGUUGUUUUUCACCUGAAGAUCGUCGAGUGGAAGAGACUUGCUGUCGGCGAGACUGUGUACGCUUGCCACUAGACCAUGGACUUUUUCAUUUGUUUGUCUUUGUUGAUGCCCCAUCAUCCAUCUAACUAAAAUGGCCGUUUUUAUAUGACAUUUUCGAAGCAAGUUACGCAAAAAAGAUACACAUUUGUAUUGCUAUUUCUUGAAGUAAUUGAUCAAUACAUAUGAUCUCGUGAGCUCAAACUGUAGCAGAGUCUGGUGCCCUUUUGCGUUUCUGUGCACUUGUUUCCUCAAAGAAAGUGCGUUAUGCCAUUACUGGUACUCUAUGUCCAAUAUCCUUCUCUCGCUGGCUGCAGAAACCUUGUGAAUUCGGAAGGAAGUCGAUGGUGUACAAAAAUAUUUUUCAUCAAGCCACUGAUUGUGUAAUAGCUUUGGUACUGAGGAUCAAGUCUGUCUCUCAAACUUGAACCUGUCUCUGAAGUAGGGUUACCAUACGUCCCCCAUUUUUGUCGUUUAAUGUAGCGUCCGCAGACAUUUUUGUGAUAUUUACUAAUGCCCGCAUUUUUGAGUUUUGCGAAUGAAGAUCUUUUGAUUUUUGUUUUCAUCUCAUAUCGUCAACAAUUUAUGUACCUUUUACUUCAGUCAUUGAAUUACAUCAUUUGUUAUUAGCUUAAAAUUGAUCUGUCACGCUCAGAAAACCGAAAAUAUCGAUUUAUAUUGCGUAAAAAUUACGUUUCUAUAUUUUUAGCUUCGGGAUAGCUACUGUGACCAUAGGUGGUCUCUACGCUCAAAGGAUAGGUGUCAUGUGUACAUGCUCUUUGUUUUUGUUUGUACACGUUUUUAGUGAACUUGUUGAUCAUCCCGCUGCAUCUUUACUUUCCAUAUUCUGUAUUUGUCUUAUUCAGUAAGUUUUGUGAUUUUAAAAAUAUAACUUGUGGCAGAGAAAUAUAGUUCAGUUUUGUAAGUAAAGACUUUUUCAUGCGGCAGUUGGACAAUGCAUUUUGAUCAUUCUUUGUUUCCCUUUCAUUUAAGAUAAUUUCUCAUCA